UCAAUUCGGAUCUUCCGAACCAACAACCACCACCAUGGUCAAGCUCUUCUUCGCGAUCUCAGCCCUGCUGGCAGUGUCCUGCCUUAGCCAGGUGGCAUCGGCCGUCACCAGCCAAGAGGUAAACCAAGUCCUCGCGGCAACCGGUUAUCGAAAAGUCGACACCACCCUGGCCGGAGUCAUCGCCAACGGCAUCAACGGGAUGACCUCGGACCGUAACGAGGUGGCCAUGUUCCUGGCGCAGGUCAUCUACGAAAGUGCUGGAUUUCAUUAUCGGGAGGAAAUUGGAGGGGCCAGCAAGAGUUACGCUCCGUACUAUGGACGUGGAUACAUUCAGUUGACUUGGAAGUACAACUAUCAGGCUGCUUCGCGGGAUAUCUUCAAUGAUGAUCGACUGGUUCGGGAUCCCGGAAUGGUGUCACGUGAUACUACCAUGUCGAUGAGAGCUUCCACGUGGUUCUGGGUUAAGAACGUUCGUCCGAAGGGUGGUGUUAGCAAAAACAACUUUGGACUAACGACCAGAGCUAUCUGGGGCAAUCCUGUCGGUGGUUCGAGCAAUCCAGUGUCCAUCAAGCGGUAUGACUUGUACAAGAAGGCCGCCAAGGUUCUGGGAGUUACAAAUGUUGGAAUUAACAGUUUCUAAGAAUGUUUACUUCUGAAAGUCAUACAAUAAAGCUUCUGCCACAGUAAU